AGGCGCCGCGGCGUGUGUGUAGCCUCCGCGUCUUGCUGUGUGUUUCUUGAGUUUUGCUGCGAGUGAAGUACGGCGGAGGAGUAGGGAUGAGGAAUAAAGAAGUGUAUAUGGAGACAGGGCAGUCACGGGUGGCGUACGAUCAGUCUUCCACGCCGUGCCGGACCCUCAGCCAGCCAGACCCGCCUCGCCGCCGCGGCCGCUGCUGCUCAGCUCCCUCAGUGAGAGCUAAGCCGUUGGGGUGGAAGGACCAUGACGCUGCUCGGCUCGCCAACGGUGCGGUAAUGUUGGUCCGAGGCAAAGUCAAGACUGUUACCGAUUCCCUCCGAUCUGCAGGAAUGUCUGGCAAGGCAUUUCCACUCGCAGUGAAUUAAAGGCUGGCCAAUCAAAAAUGUGGAGUGCGAGAUUGGGCGAUGGCAGGUUGGCGCUGGUCUUGGUCGUGUGGCAGGUCGCGGCGUGCGGCGUGGCGUGCCAGGGUGUGGGGCGGUACAGCGGCGGCGACAAGUGUGAGAGCCGCGCCCUCAGUGCUCGAGAGCGCGCCCUCUCUUGCUCCCUCAAGGCGCUGGAGCAGGAGACGCGAGUGGCCAACCUGAGCCGAGUGGCGGCCGACAGUGUGGUGCGCCUCAGCCUCGGCUGUAACGCGAUGUUCUACUUCCCCAGUGUGUUGUCCCCGCACACCCUGUCUGGCUUCGUCAGGGUGCGGGAGCUCAAUGUGGAGUUCUGCAAACUCAGUGAACUGGAAGAUAAUGUGUUUAUUAACCUCAAAAAUCUUAGAAACCUAACCAUACGGACUAGAAACUGGGACUGGCCGCAGCAAAGCCUCGCGAUGCGGCCAGAUGUGUUCCGUCCUCUGCACCAGCUCCAGCGGCUCAACCUCAGCACCAACAGCAUCUGGGAGCUGCCAGCUGGUGCCUUCUGCCAUCUGGGCAGCCUCAAACAGCUCAAUCUAAGUCAUAACCACCUGCAGGACAUGACGCAGCUGGGGUUUGGAGAGAGCGGGGCUGGCAGGGGCGGCUCCACCUGCCGCUCAGGCCUGCGCUCCCUCGACCUCUCCUACAACGACGUGACGGUGCUGAUGUCCGGCUCCCUGCAGGGCCUGUUCCGCCUGCAGGAGCUGUGGUUGCACCACAACGAGCUGACCAAGCUGGACGACAACGCCUUCAAGGGCCUGUCCGGCCUGCACGCCCUCGACCUGUCUCACAACAGGCUGGUGGCGCUGCCUGAGGACGCCUUCCUGCACACGCCGGAGCUGGAGUCGCUGCACGCCAGCAACAACUCGCUGGCCGUGCUGGCACCGGGUAUCUUCCGCUCCCUCAAGCACCUGGUGGAGCUCGACCUCUCCCACAACGAACUCAAGUCUGAGUGGCUCACGUCCUCCAUCUUCGAGGGCCUCAUCAGACUGCGGGUGCUAAGUCUCGCCCACAACAAGAUCACACAGCUCAGCCAGCAGGUCUUCCACAACCUAUACGGCCUGCAGGUGCUGCAGCUGUCCCACAAUCAGCUGGCCACCAUCCCUGCAGCUGCCUUCGCCCGCUGUGUCAACCUGCACCAGCUGGACCUCUCUUACAACCAGCUGACGGCCAUCCCAGACCGCGCCUUCCAGGGCGUGGACGUGCUCAGCUUCCUGGCGCUGGACAACAAUAGGAUCACUGAGGUGGCGGCUGACUCCCUUGACAACCUCACCAACCUGGCAGACCUCAACCUCAACGGCAAUCAGCUGACGGCCAUCCCCGAGGUGGUGGGGCGCCUGGGGCUGCUCAAGACGCUGGAUCUCGGCGAGAAUCACAUCACCUCGCUGGACAACAUGCCGGUGAAGGGGUUGCAGUUCCUGUACGGCCUGCGCCUUGUCAAUAAUAGGAUCGCGGGCAACAUCUCCAAGGAGACGUUCAGUGACAUCCCCUCCCUUAAGAUACUCAAUUUAGCAAAGAAUUCCAUUACCCACAUUGAGAGUGGAACCUUUGAUAAUCAUCCCAACCUGCAGGCGGUGCGUCUCGAUGCAAACAAGCUCACCAGUAUUCAUAAUUUGUUUGAAAAGCUUCCAAAUUUGGUGUGGUUAAAUGUGUCUGAUAAUAACAUUGAAGUUUUUGAUUACCACUUUAUACCAGUGAGUCUUCAGUGGCUGGAUUUACACAAAAACAGAAUAAGUGAGUUAGGCAACUACCUGGACAGGCAGGACCUCAACCUGCAGACGCUAGACGCGAGCUUCAACAACCUGGAGUACAUCAACAGCAUCCAGAUCCCAGACAGCGUGCAGCUGCUCUUCCUCAACGACAACAAGAUCUCCACGGUGGAGCCCUUCACCUUCUUCAAGAAGGAAAACCUCACCAGGGUGGACCUGUUCGCCAACCAGCUGUCCAAGAUGGACAUGUCUGCGCUGCGCCUCAACGAGAUUCCUGCUAACAGGUCCCUGCCCGAGUUUUAUCUGGGCGGCAACCCGUUCGUGUGUGACUGCAAGAUGGAGUGGCUGCAGCGCAUCAACGGCCUGGAGCACGAGAGGCAGAACCCUAUCAUCAUGGAUCUCGAGACCAUCUACUGCCAGAUGCCCUUCGCCCGUACAGGCGCGUUCAUCCCCCUGGUGGAGGUAAAUCCCUCGCAGUUCCUGUGCCAGUACGAGACUCACUGCUUUGCGCUGUGCCACUGCUGUGAGUUUGACGCCUGUGACUGCGAGAUGACGUGCCCUGACGGCUGCGGCUGCUACCACGAUCAGUCAUGGCGCUCUAACAUCGUAGACUGCUCCCUGCAGGACGUGCAACAAGUGCCUGAGCGGAUCCCGAUGGAUGCCACGCAGGUGUACCUGGACGGCAACAACCUCAAGAACCUCUCUUCGCAUUCCUUCAUCGGCCGCAAGCACCUGCAGGUACUAUACGUGAAUGCGUCCAGCGUCAAGACGCUCGACAACGGCACCUUCAGCGGCCUGACGAGGCUCACGGCGCUACACCUCGAGGACAACCUGCUGGAGGCGCUGCGCGGCAACGAGUUCCAGGGGCUGCAGGGCGUGCGGGAGCUGUACCUGCACAACAACCGCCUGCGCUACAUCCACCAGCACACCUUUGCCACGCUCUUCCACCUGGAGACGCUCACACUCCAGAACAACCUGCUCACCAACUUCCCCGUGUGGCGCCUGGUGGACAACCCCUACCUGAGCCGCGUGUCUCUGGGCGCCAACCAUUGGUCCUGCCAGUGCCAGUUCGUCGAGUCCUUCGGCAUCUGGCUAAACGGCAACGACCGGAAGGUGGUGGAUGGCAAGGACAUCAAAUGCUACUCGGAGGAGGCAGACGAGGAGCCGGGCUCCUUCAUCACCGACUUCAACGUGACCACGUGCAUGAACAGCACGUCCACCUCCACCGUGAUCCAGCCCAUGGUGCUGGGCAACCUGCUGCACCCCGUCAUCGCCACCUGCGCCUCCUUCGUGGUGGUAGUGCUGCUGGUGUUGUGCUUCCUGUACCGCGGCGCCCUGCGGGUCUGGGUGUUCUCGCGGUGCGGCUUCAGGAUGUGCCACAAGGCCGCCACCACCGACGACCGCGACAAGCUGUUCGACGCCUUCGUGUCGUACAGCUCCAAAGACGAGGCGUGGGUCAAUCAGGUGCUGGCGGGCGAGCUGGAGAGAGGCGAGAGGCCCUACCGGGUGUGCCUGCACUACCGGGACUUCCCCGUCACUGCCUACAUCGCCGACACCAUCGUGGAGGCCGUGGAGUCCUCUCGCCGCACCAUCAUCGUACUCUCCAAAAACUUCAUCGAGAACGAGUGGUGCCGCUUCCAGUUCAAGAGCGCCCACCACGAGGUGUUCAAGAAGCGGCGGCAGCGCCUCAUCGUGGUGGUGCUGGGCGAGAUUCCCUCGCGGGACCUGGACCCCGACCUGCGCCUGUACCUCAAGACCAACACCUGCAUCAAGGCCAGCGACAGCCGCUUCUGGGAGAAGCUCAGGUUCGCCAUGCCCGACGUGCAGAACAGCCAGCGAGUCGUCCACGCCUACAGCUCCAUCCCGGAGAGGUCGUCCUCCUCCACCAACAAGUACAGCGUGAACAGUCCGGCGGGCGUGCACCACAACCUGCACGCCAGCUCGGACGCCUACUGGGCGUAGUGGCGGCCAGGGCUCUGGCAGUGUGCACGAGGACUCUGCGUGUGUGCAUCGUGGAGUGCACGCGCCAGGGGUCUGUAGUUCCUUGGCAGAGCUCUGUUCGCUAGAGACGGACCCAGUGCAGCAGCGGCGCCGCCCGAGGGGCCCGACGGAGGCGAGGCCGUGGCCCGCCCCUGUCAGGCCGAGGUCCGUCCCGCGGCGCCUGGAGCACAGGAGGACGUGAAGCUUUAAUGGAGUGUCGGCGCGAGGCCGCGAAGCCGCGAGGCCGUGGCCAAGUGAGGUGGUGAGCCAAAUUGACAAUUCCACUAUUACUAUUACUACUGCGUGGCGAGUGUGAGGUGUGAGGGAAGUGUGUGCGUGUGUGAGGGUGAGCAGAGAGUGACUAGAGCAGUACGCGUGGAGUGAGCAAGGCCUGGCCAGGCAGUGAUCGAUGAGGGGCGUGCUAAGUGUGAGUUUUGGAAUACACUCAUCAGUUACGUGCUAAAGUGUCGAGUUACACAGAGGAGUGACUGUUUCCAGUGAAUGGAGAGUGAGAAUAUAUAAAUGUUAAAAAAAAAUAAAAAUAAAAAUGCAAGUUCCUAUUGCAUGUGAAGUUCAGUGGCAGGCAAGUGAGAUAUGCAUUAUCCUGCAACUCUGGGAGUGUUUGGCUGGCAGUGCUACCCGCGUGACGGAGAGAAACGAAAGGCGAGGAGAAGAAACAAUGAAAGUGCAGGAAAUAAAGGAAUCCCAGAGUCCUUUAGAAGGGGCUGUUGUGUGGUGUGAGUCCGUAGAGGGACUCAUAACACCAUCUAGUCAUAUAUAACCAUGCAUAUAUAACUGUGGCUAGGCUUGUGUCCCAUGUUCAGUCGGUUUUUAUAUAACAACGAAAAACAAAACAAGACCAGCAAUUAUUUUUAUUACCGCAAGUAUAAUCUAUUGUUGAAAA